UAUUAGCUCAAUUUCAACAUUUUCUUAUUUGUUAAAAUACGAACAUAAACAGUCUGAAGAGUAUACAGAUACUAUGAAUAUGAAGAACGUCUUUAGUUGUACCUAAUACUGAUCGGCAAUAACUAUUUUUGCUACAACCCGUAGCAAAUCUUUUGGAACUGGCACUUCCAAGUGUCCAUCAUAGGCUUCAUGCUACAGAAGUUUGCAUGUUCGAAAUUUUUACAAACUUUGGUUAGAAUAUUUUUUUUUUAAUUGCUUCAAUUUUACAAAUUUAGCAUCGUUGCAAUAGAAAUUCUUAAAUAUCCUUUUUGCUAAACCAGUAACAACGCAAGGCAGAGAAUUCUUCCGUUUUAACUACUUUACGCGGAUGUAUAUCCUUCCUGCUAUAUUUAGUAUAUUUUUGAAAUACAAAAUCUCGCCUAAACUUUCUUUCCAACUAGCAGAACAACCAUUUCACACUUUUUCCUUUCUUUUUCUUAACUUAAUGUGUCCUCGCUUAUUACAACUUCAAUAUUCACAACUACUGUGAAAGCAGUUAAGGACACCCGGCGAUUUCAAAUGCACCCGCCACGAUUCAAACCUUUGUUCGAAUGUCCACGAAAAUAUUGAAUCGAUUCGAGAGAAAAACGAUUAAUCCUACAACGUAUACGGUUACAGCAGCGACAAUGGUAGCCGCCGCUGGCUGCAACCGCGGCAAAACCACAACGUUAAAAGGACCGAUCAUCUUCCCUCUGGCCGACCCGACUAGACUAGACCCAGUAAGCGGCGCGCACGUUGACAAAGUGUGACACAUUAUUUAUGGCGUUUUUGGGAGGUUCAUUUUGGGCACGGUUGUAUUUCUCCCUUGCGGAGGAUUCAGCCUUUUCAAUCGCCCGCGAUCCGCGCGCGGUUUGAUCGAAAAAGGUAAGAAAAGCAACACACGUGUGACUCGUGCUCUUGUUUGAUUGUGUGAAGAAAAGGUGCCGAAGGUGGGCUUUACAGCAGCCGGCUGGUGACGGUUCGAGUGGUUUCCAUCGAAAAGCACACUUAUAAGACGUUCUGGUACAAAUCGCCAAUGGAGUGAGUAGGAAGGUAGCAUUACUAAGCCCAAAGAAUAAGGCUUGUUGGUUUUUUAUAUUUUUAUAUAAAAAAAUCAGCUCAUGAUUGGAGUAGUAGCAAAUAAAUUAAAGAAGCAUUGAUCUCAAAAAUGAAUGUAUAAGUACACAAAUACAUGGUAUUUGCAAUUCAUAUGUUUUUAUGUGUAUUUUCUUGCAUUAUGUGAUGCCUGAGAAACUGGAAUAAUUUUUAUUACUUAGCCGAAUACUUAGUCCAUGGCCACCGGGGUGUGGUUUGAAUGGGAUUUCGUACCGGUCCCGUCGUUUAAUAUAAAAAAAUGGUAAUAUAAAAAAAUGUACAUAAAUUUUGAAACAAUCUGGCGAAGAUUGUUUGUACAGCAAUAUCUAAAACUAAUAUUAAAUCUAGUCUUAACGGUGAUAGAAAUCGCACUAACAGUAAUUUUUUAUUUAUAUGUAAAAUAAUUUAGUGACAUUAAUUAUUUUUUAUUGCAUGGUGGUCAGCAUUGGAAGUGUUUGUAAUUGUAAAUAAAAUUAGGAAAGCAGCAUUGCGACAUUUUUUUAUCAGAGUUUCAAAUAGCUGAAAUGGCUUGGCUUCUAAAGCAUACCACAGCCGGGCAUGUUUCUGUCAUAUUGUACAAUUCUAUCCUACCAAACAGUCCCAUAUCUAUCGAUCAUUCGAAUUCCAUUUUAUUCAAGUGUCGGCUUUUAUGCACAGUGUCAACGAGAACAAUAAAACGAUCGAGAUUUACGCAGAAAUUCGUCCAUCGUGUUCGGACUAACGGUUGAUCUGUUUCAUCCUAUUCUAGGUCCGGUUGCGUAAAAAAAUAUAGUGAAUCCAUUCCACUACUGCUGCACACAAUACGACAUCGAUUGGGGUGAUGCGGUUUUUUUCUUCUUCGCCAGAAAUUUGUUCAAAUGUGAUCCUUUUUCAAACGAAAGCAAAAGAUGCAUUUUUGCACCUUAGGCUAGAGCGUGCCUGUUGCUGCUUCUUUGUUACAUUAAACGUUUCGCUGCAUUGUUACAUAAAAAUGUGGACAAAGAAAAAAAAGUUGAAUCCCCGUUAAAGGAAGGUGCAAUAAAAACCACUAAUAAAUUUCGAAUACGAUUCGUACUCGUGCUCAAGUUUUUGAGCUGUGUUAGCUUUUUUUACAAAGCGAAAAGAAUAGAAAAAUAUGACAUUCAUAAAGCAAAAGCCAUAAGAGCAUUCGCCUGUAAAGCAAAGACAAUUUUUGUAAGAAACUCUCUUACGAUCGGUCACAAUUAGCGCAAAUGCCAAUCUGACUGACAGUUGGAAGAUGCUGCGGCGGGAACCAGAACCAUUCGCCAAAAACCAUUUUUGACAGCCUAAAGGCUGAUCGAUCAUCCAUUUUUGGAGUAGUGUGUCCCACGUUAGGGGUUCGUAUUGCGUCGCACGUUGAUGCAUUCGCAUGUACACGGCACUGCGCUUCUACGCGGUAGAAGCCCUAGCUCAAUCCCCUUUUGAGUUCAGUUUGCCUUUUCACGGUGGGCAAUUGAACCACCUAACGGGGGACCAACAGACAAAAAUUAUGCACGAUUUGCUUUAGCGGAAAGAUUUCAAUAAGCUCCAUCCAUAUCUCCCUAUACACCACGUAGGCAGUAAACUGUAGGGAAUGAUUACAUCAACAGCCCUGAAGACAUGAGGACAGGGAGAAUGUAAUCUCGUGAAGCUGAGAGUUGUAGAUCUGUAGUUAUUAGAUGCUGCACGCAGGACACGCUUUGCAAGCUACACAAUGAAAGAAGAAAAGGAUAGCACAAUUUGAACAACACGAGCACGAAUAUGAUCGAAACAGAACCGUUCCGGACAACACAAAAAACUGGGAGGAGGCUAUGGCACUGUGACGCGUUGAAAUAUGGUGCUGGCCCUUUUAGGGUUUGUCUUUGGUGCUAGAAAACGAAAAGGCCUCUUUACGCACCCCUCUGUUUGGUGAGAACACAUCCUGAAGCAUCUAGGUCCUUUGCUACAAUCGAUGUCCUAUUCUAUUGAUCUUUCGUAGACAGUUUGUCUGUGGGUUUUGUAGACUGGGUUUUUUUUGUACCGAAACACCAGACGAAAGUAGAAGAAGGGAAAAUCCCUCGCUGCCAAUGUGUCUUAUUCCAAUAGGGACAUAGAUCCCUUCGCUUAAACUCGUCCCUCUCUCACGCGUGUCCUUUUUGCCAGGAUUCUGGAGGGCAUUUUCGUUUAAAUUUGUUAGAUCCCCUGCUUAGUCAUCUCAUUUCGUGCGUGGCUUGCCAAGGGUGAACAUCUCGUGCGUCGUCGUACAUAAUAUUUUUCUGAACAUUUUUUACCUCACCGAUCAUAUCGCAAAAGUGAACAAAAUGUCGGCUAAAACACUAACGCCACCACAAACGUACUCGCGACUGUUUCGUCCUUGGGACGGUAAGGAGACCAAGUUCGAAGUACCCACGGCAACGUGCAGCGAACCAAGCCCGGGUCGUGUGCUGAACGGUGAAGAAUCGGACUCGUACAGUGACAGUGACAGUGAGCAAACGGUGAAAUCAGAACCAAUCGAGUACAAUCACAGUCCAGUGAAAUCAAGUGAGAGCUUCAGCUCGAAGACAAACGCCAUGCCGGAUCCAUCGAUAUUGCAUUAUCCUUCAACGGAUAUGGCCGCGUAUUAUCAUUAUUGCUAUCAGCAACAGCAGCACCAAUUGUCCGAACAUCCUUUACCGAGCCAAAUACACCCGGAAGCGCAAAGAGUUCCAGGUCCGAUUGGAGCAUUCGGCCCAUCAGUGAUCGAUCCACUUGGAUUCACGUACGAUCAAAUGGAGCAAGAGUAUAUGCGCGUGUUGAGCGAAGAUGCCAAAGCGAAGCUACUGGCCAGCCGUAAACAGCGGCCAAAAAAGUUCAAAUGUCCACACUGCGAUGUAGCGUUCUCCAACAACGGACAGCUUAAGGGACACAUCCGUAUUCAUACUGGAGAGCGACCAUUCAAGUGUGAUGAGCCUAGCUGCGGUAAAACGUUCACCCGUAAUGAGGAACUAACGCGCCAUAAACGAAUUCACACCGGCAUCCGGCCGUACGGCUGUCAAACGUGUGGUAAAAAGUUCGGUCGGCGGGAUCACCUGAAGAAGCAUACCAAAACACACUUGCCCCAGGAACGUUACACCUACGGGCUGAUGCCAGCCUCGGCAGCAGCAGCCGCAGCAGCAGCUAUGUUGAUGCCGAUGUACGCAUCACAUGUCUUUGGAUACUAAGAACGAUCCGUUCCGAUCGUGCAAACCGCUACAAACCCAGUGAUCGUGUUGGUAGAGUAUACUACCGAUCGUGAUAACACAGUUGGCACAAACAAAAUGAACAAAAUGAAAGCAGUUAUUUCUGUUCCCGGCUGAUAUGAUUGUACAAAGUGUCUAAAGGCUUUUAGUAUUAAGCACAGAUGAUUGAGAUAUUUUCCGACGGCAGUUUACAAACGAUUGUUCAGAGAGUGUUAAGGAUUCUUUAUAUGUAGAUUUAAGGAGCAUUAUAAUAAAACUAAAGCAAAUUAUAGUCAAACAAAUUUUUGUAUGCCAUUUUUUUCCUUUUUUAUAAUGUUAUCUGCGAAAACUACAUGGAAGCUCGUGGAAGUCGGUUAAAAGAAAACGAAAGAAAAG